AUGCCUACUACCAUCAAACUCACCGACCGCCAGACUGAGCUCCUUCGUGCCUUCUUCGAGUACGAUGGAACUGUCAAGAUGAAGUGGGGCCGCCUUGCUGAGGGUAUCGGCAUGGAGAGAAAUGCUGCCAAAGUUCAGUUCGGCCACCUCCUGGGAAAGAUGAAGGCUGCUGUUGCUGCCCCCAACGGCUAUGGUCAUCGUACCGCCGCCGCCGCCGCUGCUGCUGCUGCUCCUUCUGUCACUACCUCUACCGCUGCUCUCAUGGAGGAGCAUGGAGACAAGGAUGAGAAGCAAGACGACGAGGGUCUCGACGAACCUGCCAACACAGCUACUGCCUCUACUCCUGAGUCCGCUGCCCUCACUCCCGUCCAGUCUGACGGAUCCACUACGACCAAGUACAACAAGACUUGUCAAGCCUGCACCAAACUCCAGGUCCACUGCGAGAAGACCGCCGGCAGCAGGAUCUGCAGCCGUUGCCGCGAGAAGGACAUCCCUUGUGAGCUUAUGCCUCGUAAGGAGUAUUCCUCCGUCAAUCGUUCUAAGCGUAAGGCUACUACCACCAACGCCGUCGAUGCUACCGAUCCGGUCAUCUCUGCUCCGACUCCUCCUGCCAAGAAGCUCAAGACUGCUGCCCCUGAGGCCACUAUCAACGACGUCGCCCUUAGAAGCAGACGCUACCGCGCAGUCGACAACGAGGUCUCCGACGACCCUGAUGCUUGAGCAUCUCGAGACAAGCUUGUUCCGUCCUUAAUCCAUGCUGCUUGAACGUAAGUAGAGAUACCCAAAUACCACUUUUCGAUUGCUC